AUGUCGCCCGCCGCGAUCGAGUCGGGAAACAAGAGGAAGAGGUCUCACAAGAGCAAAAAGGGCGCCGAGCCGACAAUCACACCAGCGCAUGAUGGCGUAGAUGCUACCAAGGCGCGCAAGAAGGCGCGCAAGGACAAGGCACCUGUCGUCGAAGAGCCUGUGGUGGAGGAUGUUUCUGAGGAGGAACAGAGUGACGAGGAAGAAGAAGCGGCAGUAGAGGAUGUCGUUGCAGAAGCCAGUGCUGCAGACGACGACAGCGACAAGGAAAACGAUGAAGGCGACAAUGACGAGCUUGCCGAACUACCCUCUGGCACGGGCAGCAAUGCUGUUGAUCUUCCCUCAGGCACCUCGAUGCCCUCAGCGAACCCGACGCGAUUCGACGAGCUCAACCUGAGCGAACGAACGAUGACCUCCAUCAAGAACAUGGGUUUCGAGAACAUGACAGAGAUCCAACAGAAGGCUAUACCACCUCUGCUAUCAGGAAGGGAUGUGCUUGGAGCGGCAAAGACUGGCAGUGGAAAGACUCUGGCUUUCCUUAUCCCCGCUAUCGAGAUGCUCUCACAGCUGCGGUUCAAGCCGCGCAACGGAACUGGAGUCAUUGUCGUAUCGCCGACCAGAGAAUUGGCGUUGCAGAUCUUCGGUGUAGCGCGCGAGCUCAUGGAGCCACACAGCCAGACGUUUGGUAUCUGCAUCGGUGGUGCCAACCGAAACGCAGAAGCCGAGAAGAUCAGGAAGGGCUUGAACCUGAUCAUCGCUACUCCCGGGCGCCUCCUCGAUCAUCUACACAACACGCAAGGCUUUGUCUUCAAGAACUUGAGGUCGCUCAUCAUCGACGAGGCAGACAGAAUUCUCGAAGUCGGUUUCGAAGAUGAGAUGAGGUCCAUCAUCAAGAUCCUGCCUACGGAGCGUCAGACGAUGCUUUUCUCCGCAACACAGACCACCAAGGUUGAGGAUCUCGCAAGGAUAUCGCUCAAGGCCGGCCCCCUCUACAUCAACGUCGAUCACCGUGCCGAGCAUAGCACGGUCCAGGGAUUGGAACAGGGUUACGUUCUGUGCGAUUCAGACACCAGGUUCAGGCUUCUGUUUUCAUUCCUCAAGAAACACCAGAAGAAGAAGGUCAUUGUCUUCUUGUCAUCGUGCGCAUCUGUCGACUUCUACAGCGAAUUACUCAACUACAUCGACCUGCCUGUACUUGGACUGCACGGCAAGCUCAAACAACAGGCGCGAACGAACCGCUUCUUCGAGUUUGUGAAUGCACAGAGCGGUACACUCAUCUGCACCGAUGUUGCUGCGCGAGGACUAGAUAUUCCUGAGGUGGAUUGGGUUAUUCAGUUCGACCCACCUGAUGACCCGCGAGACUACAUCCACAGAGUCGGUCGAACAGCCCGAGGUGCAAAUGGCAAGGGCAGGAGUUUGAUGUUCCUCUUGCCAUCGGAAGUAGGAUUCCUCAAGCUCCUCAAAGAGAACCGCGUGCCCCUGGUGGAAUUUGAGCUGCCUUCGAACAAGAUUCUCAACAUCCAGUCACAACUGGAAGCCUUGAUCAGCAAGAACUACUACCUCAACAAGAGCGCAAAGGAUGGCUACCGGUCGUACCUCCAGUCGUACGCUUCACAUAGCUUGCGGUCGGUGUUCGACGUGCACAAGCUGGAUCUCGUCAAGGUGGCCAAAUCGUUCGGUUUCUCAACCCCACCGCGCAUCGACAUCAGUCUUGGGGCGAGCCUGAGUCGCGACAAGAAGGUGGAGGGAAGGAGAGCAUACGGAAGCCAGCCUGCGCAGGGCCGACGACCGAUGAGGGGAGGCAAGAGGUUCUGA